CGUCCGCGACGUCAAGCUUUGGCAGCGGGCGCAGGCGGUGCGGGGCUGCGGUGCGCGUGCGCGAGCGUCCCCAGCCAGGCCACUGCUCCGGCGCGGGCACGGCGGGGGAUUCGCUUGCCGCGGGAGCGCCAAGUGAGGGGCGCCCGGCCCAAGGUCAGCGGGCGUGAGCCGGAACUGGGGACCGUCCCGGCGCGGAGUGGGGGGCGCAGAGACCACGCCCUCCCUGAUUCUGAACGGGGACUGACCUGCUCUGAAGGGGGCCUACUAGGAGGCGGUGGGGGUGGGGGGGUCGAGGCAGCGGGUCGCUGUGCGCCCGGGGGGAGGGACGCAGGGUUUUCUUUACCUCCGCUCGGUCGAGCCCCGGGGACAGUGACACCAGCGGAAGCUCGGACGCCCUGCCCCUGCCCAGCCGAAUUAGGAGCUUGUCCUCCGGUAGAAAGAUUCCCGGCUCUUCUUUUCUGGCGCCCUCAUCCCUGCCCCGCGGCCCUUCCACGGUGGUGCAUUCUAUCCCGCUGGACCUCAAGGAGGCUGGUCUCCCGGGACAUGGCCCUGGGGACUUCUGUGCUGCUGCUGCUGCUACUGCUGCUCCUGCCGUUGCUGCUACCUGGGUUUCCAUCCCCAGCCGCCGGCUGCCCGGCCGCCUGCCGCUGCUACAGUGCCACAGUGGAGUGCGGUGCCCUGAGGCUGCGUGUGGUCCCGCCAGGAAUCCCACCCGGGACGCAGACGCUGUUCCUGCAGGACAACGACAUUGCCCGCAUAGAACCGGGCGCCCUGGCUCCGCUUGCCGCUCUGCAUCGUCUCUACUUGCACAACAACAGCUUGCGCGCCCUGGAGCCUGGCGCUUUCCGCGCACAGCGGCGCCUACUCGAACUGGCACUCACCGGCAACCGGCUACGUGGUUUACAUGGCGGCGUCUUUGCGGGCCUGGCCCAGCUGCGCAUACUCUACUUGGCCGGCAACCAGUUGGUGCGGCUGCUGGAUUUCACGUUCUUGCACCUGCCGCGACUGCAGGAGCUGCACUUGCAAGAAAACAGCAUUGAGCUGCUGGAGGACCAGGCUCUGGCCGGGCUGUCCUCUCUGGCACUGCUGGACCUCAGCAGGAACCAGCUGGGCACCAUCAGCCAAGAGGCCUUGAAGCCCCUGGCCAGCCUGCAAGUACUACACCUCACAGAGAACCCAUGGCGCUGUGACUGCGCCCUGCACUGGCUGGGCACUUGGAUCAAACAGGGUGGCCAGCGGCUGCUCAGCUCCAGGGACAAGAAGAUCAUGUGUGCAGAGCCUCCGCGCCUGGCACUUCAGAGUCUCCUGGAUGUAUCCCACAGUAGCCUCAUCUGCAUUCCACCUUCCGUACAUGUGCAUCCGCUGGAGCUUACAGCCAACCUGGGUGAGGACCUACGGGUUGCCUGCCAGGCUUCCGGUUACCCGCAACCUCUGGUGACCUGGAGAAAGGUGUCCCAGCCCCGCGAGGGUCAGUCGCAGGACCAGGCCCGGCUUGAAGGUGGAUCGCCUGGCCUGGGCAGGCAUGCGGCCUCCGACAUGGGCAGCGGCAUGCUCUUCCUCACCAACAUCACGCUGGCGCACGCAGGCAAGUACGAGUGCGAGGCCUCCAACGCCGGUGGCGCCGCCCACGUGCCCUUCCGGCUCCUUGUCAACGCGUCUCGGCAGCAGCCGAAACAGCAGGUGCCCCGACCGCCCCCAACCGCCCGCGAGCCCAGGCACGAGGUGGGCAGCAUGGCCUUCCGUGCUCUGGGUCUGGUCACGCAGACAGCCGUCGCAGCGGCCAUCGCGCUACUGGCAUUCACGGCGUUGCUGCUGGCCGCCAUGAUCUGUCGCCGGCGCCGCAGGCGGAAAAAGGCUCGGGCGCCGCCGGGGGAGGGCGCGCUAUUCAUCAACGACUACUCGGAUGGGCCCUGUACCUUCGCGCAGCUUGAAGAGCUCCGCGACGAUCGUGGCCACGAGAUGUUCGUCAUCGACCGCUCUAAGCUGCUGUUCGCCGAGGGGCCAGCAGAGGCGCCCGCAGCCCGCGGCCCGGUAGACGGGGCAGCGCCGGGACUCCGCGGCCCACCACCAGUCGCCUACGAGCUCUGUGCCUGAGGCAGGGCGCGCACCGAUGACGUAGGUGCCGGGGAUUGGCCGGCGCAGCUCACGCAUCCUCCAUCAGUAAAGGUGAAGCCGCGCA